GACUGCACGCAGACUGAAUGAAAUGAACGAAUGGACAAGAGCGAGCAAUGGAGUGAGCGAGGGCAUGUCCCGAUGGGGCGAGGCGACAGAUAGUGUGCGUGUCGACGCCGGUGGCUCUCUGUGUUGAUGAAUGACACACACAAAAGGCUCACUCGUGUACACUAGCUGGAAUUAACUCAUAUAUAUGACAUGGGGAUACGGGCACACAACAAUCAUUCACCCCCUCCCCCCGUCUGGUCUGUCCACUGCUACGCUACACAAACUCUUCGCACCCUCCCCCCGACCCAACCCACUCCCUCCCUCCCCUCAACGUGCGCACGCUUAAACACACUCUCACAACCAUACACUCAUUCAUCAUGUCCCGGACGGACGAUAAAUAUGCCCUCACACACACACACACACACACGUGAUACUCGACCCUCUACACGACACGACAGGCCGGCAGACAAACACGUCCACCCCCCAUCAGUCGAUCGGACCCCAUCCCCCGCCCCCCAUCAUCCCGACCAUCACCGCCACGGCGGCGUGGUCCCCCUCCCAGCCAUCCUCUGCCCCCCAACGCCGCCCCCUCCUCCAAACCCGCUCGUCACACUCGCCGCAUCAUGCGCAGCGGCCGCCAGCUGGGCCGCCUGCACCUGGGCCUGCUGCACCUGCUGCGCCUGGCCAAAAUCCAUCAUGUAGCCCCCGUGCAUCGCGUGUGGUGUCCCCGCACCGGCACCACCGGCGCCAGCACCAGCAACAGCAGCACCGGGCUGGCUCGCCAUGGGCGUGUUGGACGACGGGGGGUAGUGGGCGGCGCGGGGGAAAGCCGCGGCCGCUGCUGCUGCUGCCGCUUGUGGCGGCCCCCUGGCGAAUUGGCCCAGGUAUGGGGGCGGGGCUGCCGGGGCCGCCUGGGGGGAGUAGCCCAUGGCGGCGGCUGCGUGCAUCUCGGCUGCCGAGUAUGCCGCUGCUGCUGCUGCUGCGGAUUGCAUGUCGGUUGCUCCGUGGAGGGGCGGCAUGCCUCCCGACUCGGGGCCGCCGUGGUGCAGGCGGUUGAGUAUGAGCACGUGGGCGCUGUGGACGGACCGGAGAGGGCCUGAUCGAUGUAAAGAGAGACAGGGAGACAGGGAGAUAGAGACAUAGAGAGAUGCGGAAAGGUGUGUGUAGUGGUUGUGGUUGUGGUUGUGCUGUUGUGCGCACCCGAGAUGGUGACUCUUCGGUCGGUGCCGUUGACGAGAUCAUUCUUCUGCGAUAUCUGGACCUUGGCGCCGCUUGUCUGCGCACACCAGACGGGAGCUCACCAAAUGAAAGGGUACAAACAGACGGCUUGUGCGUGGACAGGUACCGUGAUGAUGUCGUUGAGGACGGCGCCGCUCUUGCCGAUGACGGAGCCCACGUUCGCAUUUGGCACGGUCGUCGUGAUCUCACAAUGCUGCUGAUACAAAUCUGGGACGACCAACACACACGACGCAACGCACAUACAAGCAUCACGACCCACACCACACCACACCACACCACACACGCAUAGUUUUCUCUCUGUCUGCUUGCCUGGAGGUAUCAUCCCGAACUGUGGCGGCAGCGCGGCCGCCCCGCUGAGCCCAUGAUAGGUCAUCAUCUGCUGAUACUGAUGCGGCGGCGAGUGUGGGCCCCCGUACCCACCCAUCAUAUCGUGGCCGUGGCCGUGACCAUGGCCGUGCCCAUGGUGCCGGUCCGGCCCGCCCCACCUGUCCCCGCCCCUCUCGCCCCCCCUCUCGCCCCUGUCAGGCGGCCCAUAGGUGACGUGCAGGUUCUCCUUGAGGUUGGCGUCUGACUGUAUCUCGCGCAGCACCAUCUCGGCCGCAGCCUGGAUGCACCCGAAGGACCCGCUGAUGUGACACACGCGCUCCGUCAACGACUCGUUCUCCAACCUGCACACAGGGAUAACGUGGGCAGGCUGUGGUGAGGCUGGUUUGUGUGCCUUUGACCGACCUGUUGGAGACUUGUAUUUUGGCGCCGCUGUCGUCCUGCAUGCGUUUGAUCUCGGCGCCGCCCUUGCCGAUGAUGCAGCUGACGGCGCUGUUGGGGACCACGACCUUGACCGUCAGCUUCGACUCGUCCGACGCUGAAGGGUCCUGACCCUGCGCAACGUCACGCACCUUGCUCUGAUGAUCACCAUCACACAUCACACACAACAGGCAGACGAUAGGUGGAUCACAUCACUGAAUGGAUGAGCGGAUGGUUGAGAGUGUACCAGUAUGAUGUUCAUGGCUUUGAUGAUUUGUUCGAUUUUGCCGCCCAUGACGACCACUCGGUCCAUGGUGUGUGGGAAGUAGUGGCUGCUCGGGCUCAGCUUCAUGAUCACACCCGUCGUCUCCUCGAUCUCGGCUAUCACAGCACCUGCAUCACACACACAGACACAGACACACACACACACACACACACACAACAACAGCACAGCUCAUGUGUGUGUAUGCGCCCUUUGGUUCUCUGCCCUCCUCCCUCCGUCUGUCUGCCUGUCCCUCCCUCGCUCCCACCCUCCCUGCCCCCUCAGUGCCUCCUAUACCACUCUUGCCGAUGAUAGAUCCCGCCACGAGGUUGUUGACGAGCAUCUUGAGGUAGCACGGCCCGUCGCUGAGUCCCUGCUUGCCAAACCUGUCCCUCCCAUGCCCCAGCGAGGCCGACGAGGCCGACCCGCCGCCAUCGACAGAGAUCCUCCGCCGCUUGGCGGCGCUCUCCUCGCCGUUCUCGCCGUUGACUUCUGCUGCCUGCUGUGCGUGGGUGCCGUCCAUCUCCUUGAAUGUUGGCGGCUCCGAUGACAUGAUCACGCCAUGCACUCACUGACAGACGCACGAGCCACUCCUGAUAGUCGCCGUGCCGUCUUGGCAGCUCGAGGGGAAGCAGAGAC